UCCCCUGCUGUAGCCAGACUCCACCGGCAGAUGGCGCCACUCUGUAUUUAUCGCAGCUGUGGCGCCGCAUACCGACACACACGGUGUCUGUCACACAGCGGGGAGGACAGCUGCGUCCGGGGGAACCACCUCCAGCUGCUGYCGGCGCCUCCAUUCGGGAGUUUAAGCCCGUGUUUGGUCGCCUUUGUGUCGGUUUGUGUAUCGAGGAAACCCCCCCGGGGAGCUCCGGGACUGGGAGCGGAGCAGCRGCGGGUGAACGGCGGGGCGGGGGGGCUUCUUCUCCGGGGUCAGACCUGCGGGCUGGUGCGCAAGAUCAACAUGACGUCUGCGGCGCUGGCGCUGCUCCUCCUCCUCUUCCUCCACGUCUUCGGCGUCCAGUCGGAACCUGAUGCAGUGCGGCCUCACCUCACCGGCUGCGUCUCUCGCAAYAUGGAGACGUUCCUCUGCAGAUGGAGCGCCGGAUCCUUCCAGAACCUCUCGGAGCCGAAAGAUUUACGCCUGUUCUACUUCAACAGAGUGCUCCUCAGCAGCUCAGAGAAAAACUGGGACGAAUGUCCCCAGUACAGCGCGGAGAGACCAGACGAGUGCUUCUUCAACGAGAACCACACCACGGUCUGGACGUCCUACACGGUGCAGCUGCGCUCCAGGGACCGGACCGUCCUGUACGACGAGACCUCCUUCUCCCUGGAAGACCUCGUUCAGCCGGACCCUCCGUUCGGCCUCAACUGGACCCUGAUGAACGUCAGCCUGACCGGAUCGCACUUCGACGCCAUGCUGAGCUGGAGGCCUCCGGCGACGGCCGACGUGGAGACGGGAUGGAUGGCGCUGCAGUACGACGCCCAGUACCGCCAGGCCGGCGCCGAGCGCUGGGAACAGACUGGCCUGGUGAAAACAACGCACCGCUCCCUGUUCGGCCUUCAAACCAACGUCAACUAUGAGGUCAGAGUUCGCUGCAAAAUGCUGGCAGGGAAGRACUUUGGAGACUUCAGCGACUCUGUGUUCAUCCACAUCCCAUCUAAAGUCUCCAGAUUCUCAGUUAUGGCUCUGCUCAUCUUUGGCGCUUUGUUUUUAGUGGCCGUCCUGCUGCUGGUCAUCAUUUCACAGCAGGAAAAGUUGAUGUUUAUCCUCCUGCCUCCUGUUCCUGGACCGAAAAUACAAGGAAUCGACACGAACCUACUGAAGUCCGCCGUCUUCAUGGACGACGACUCGGGCCGCUCCAGCUGCUGUGAGCCUGAUCUGCUGAGCGAGGCGAGCUUGUCGCCUGUCCAUCAGGAGGCCAGCGCGUYGCCCGUCCAUCAGGAGGCGACCACCGCAGAGCAAAGCUCAGUGUUUGUAGCAGCGGAGGGCAGUGAGGUUGCGGCAGCRUACACGCAGGUCGGUGAGGUCAGGUCGUCUGGGAGUGUUCUGCUGGAGAAAACCACCGUUAAAGAGACAAACAUGGAGGAGGAGAAGGGGAAGAAACAAGAUGGCGACUUGGUGAACGCAGAUCAGAGAGACUGCAGCUCUGAGAUGAAGCGGUUAGCAGAGCUUCCUGAGGUCGUGRCCCAGCUGCCUGCUGCUCCUGUCUACACCGUGGUGGAAGGCGUGGACAUGCAGAACAGCCUCCUACUGACACCAACGGCCCCCAACCCGACCGGCCCCAAGAUCCCAGCUACGCCCGACGGCUACCUGACCCCUGACCUGCUGGGAAGCGUCACGCCGUAAAUCAGCCGGGGAUCGAAUCACCAGAACUUGUUAAUCUAAAGGGAGGUCAGUUCCUGGAGGUGCCCUGACUGGGUUUCAGCUAGCUUAAAAUAGCCAGUGGAUCAGCAGGAGCCUGAGGCUUUCAGAGAAACCUGGACCCAGCGACACUCCUACACCUUAAACCAGCACAGCGUAAAUAAAUAUCUCUGCUAAGCUGCACCUAUCAGUUCAUGUCAGCGCGCUAGUAAGGGCUAACAAAGAUGCUACAGGGAAGAUCUGGAUCUGCAGAUGGGAAAUCAAAGGGAACAAAUACAAGUGGAGAGCACCGCUAGCUAACAAGGUAGUUACGCUAACUAAAGGGCUAAUCAUAAUCAUUAGUUCUGCUAAUGCUAAUGYGCUACCCCAUUUAGCAAAAGCUAACACUAAAGUGGUAUACCAUUUAGUUUUUUAGCCAAUGGUAAAGUGCUGCGCCACUUAGCUUUUUUAGCAGAAGCUAAUGCUAAUGUGCUAAGACGCUAACUUCAAUUCAGAUUGUAUCUGCGCCUGAAAGACUACAACUCUCAAACAUCAGUUUAAUUUUCACUUCAUAAUUUAUGUCCUUUAUGCCUUUUGAUAUUAUAUUUGUUUACAUCUUAUUUUUAAAUGUUUCAUUUUGUUUKUUUCAUGUUUAAAAUAACAUUAUUGGAGGGAAAAAAAGAGCAAAGUGAGAAGAGGAAACGGAAAUGUUGAGUUAACUGUUUUUACCCCUUUCAAAAUAAGAGUAUGACUAUAAACAUCUAACUGCUUGUAGAAUUCAAUAACACAAAGUUCAACCCAGAUGAAGUUUGGGUUUAUAAAACAGCCAAGUAAAKUAGUGUUUUAUWGUUUAUAAGAAAAAAASAUUAAUUUAGGGGAUGCUGAGUGCACUAAAUGUUUUCAAAUUUAGCAUUAAUGCUAAAGUCCAAACUGAAAAAAAUAGCUAURCUAUUAGCAGGUUAGCGUUAGUGUGCCCACCACUGACAGAUACCACCAUUUUUGCCUUAGAAUAAAUGAAGCGAGGUUUGAUGACGAGAUUCGUCUGUUCUGGUGGAAUAAAGUUAGCACACCCUCUUCCUGUUAAAUGGUCCUCACAAAGUUUUAAAAUGUUUUCAAAUCUCUCCUUACACAGGAUAUUAAACCCUGGCUGUGGUUUUUAGACAAAGGUCAAUAUGGCUCUCCACCCAGGGCAGCAUGGAGUUGAGGGGCGUCCGAAAAAACUGUAGAACCUUUAUGUUUAAAUCCUUGAGCUGAAGGAAAACGACUGGAUGUUUGACAGAAAUAUUUGGUUUUUUUGUUCAUUAUUCUCACAAGAACAGCUAAAAGUUGGAAAUGUUAAAAAUGUUUUUAAUGACAUUAAAAAGCAAAAAGGUCAAUAUUGUAACAAUUUCUGAAAAUCCAGGUGCUCUGUAGUUAUAGAGAAAUAAUUCAGCUCUCAUUUCAUAAUUUUGUCUUUUUUCAGUAUUUAACCACCAGUAUUCACUAAUUCAACUGAUACAUAAUCUAUGAAAAUGAUAAAAUGGUCAUGCAUUURCUUUUUUGUGUAUGUUUUAUUAUUUCUAUCCUGUUUCACUGCCGUAUAAUUUGGUGACAUUGAUGCUGUUUCAUAUAUGGAGCCUGAAGAAAAGGCAAAUGUUUAUUUCUAUACUAAAGCAUUACUGGACUGUAAAUUAUCUUUUUACUUUAAUGCAUUUUCUUUUCAUUUAAAACUGUGAAAUAUGUUUAAAGUUUAAAUUUUUUGUGUAUUUUUUGCC